GGAUCUGCAGGCGAUUCUCAGAAACAUUCUAUCAAUGCACCCAUCCCUCACCGAGACGUUCAAACUCGAAGCUACCAAGCGACUCAAAGGUUUCAAAGACAUGGAGUCUGUUUCUCUUUUUGAAAAAAAAGUGGGAAGCUCUGAAUAUCAGCUGAAAGAAGAUGCUUUUGAAAAAUACGAAAAAAGGAUAAGAGGCUUAAUUGGCAUUGGUCUCGCCCCCGUGGCUCUUGACAAACUUCACAACAUUGUUGAGCAGGUUUGUGGCAUAACCUAUGAUGAGGAGACUGAGACUGGAGAAAUCAUAGUUGAUAAGCUUGCGAUUAUUGACGGCGACAUAGUACAGACUGUUACUGGAUUGAAGGAAAUGGGUGACCAACAAGAUGAUGUCUAUUCUGUGGCUGAUAAGUUAUUAGCUGUUCUGAAAGUGUGCAAAUCGACCUUUGAGGAAAAGAACAGUGAGUGUGAAUUUCCAUUUGAUCGGGGUGAAAAGGUGUUAGUGGACUACUGUGCAGCACACGAUUAAAUACAAACCUGUCUUUUCGGGACAAUAUUCGGAUAACUUUUUUUCUCGGUAUAGAUUUAAGGCAAAAGAUUCCGAUCUACUCGGAAUAGAUAUUGUGAAAUGGAUACUUUUGCACAUAUAAAUCAAAAGCAAAAGUUGGAGUACCUCAAAUCAAAGUAGUUGGUCAUGGAAUUGAAUGGUCAGACUGUUCCGAGAGUUUUUAAUGGUUUAUGGCAACUAUCAUCUCCAGCAUGGGGGUCAGCUCCGAAAUCAAAGAUGAAGAAGCAUUUUAAACAACUUCUUGAAAAUAAAUUCUGGGCCUUUGACAUGGCUGAUCAUUACGGUGAUGCGGAGUUGAUCUUUUCAGAGCUACGUCAAACUUCUAGUCACACUUUUUGUGCCACCAAAUGGUGUGUGUUCGAUAACGAAUUUGAGGUUAGUCCCGAAAAUGUCAAAAAAGAAAUUGACACUCGUAUACGAAGGACGGGUGGUGUUGAUCUCCUUCAAUUCUAUUGGCAAAAUAAAGACGCAGAAAAACCAAUGCUAGAAAUUUGUAAGCUGAUAGUUGAAGACAAAAGAUGCAAAUUGGGUCUUUGCAACUUUGACACAUUGUUGAUGAAAAAGGUUGUUGAGUCCGGCAUCAAAGUAUACACAAACCAAGUUCAGUUUAGUUUAAUUGAUAUUCGCCCUAGGCUGAAAAUGGGAAAGUUCUGUGAUGAAAAUGACAUUAAAUUGCUUGCAUAUGGCACUCUUUGUGGUGGAUUAUUGUCUGAUAAAUGGUUGGGCAAAGAGGAGCCAGAUAUUUAUGGAGAUGAUUCCAUUACUCCUAGUCAACGCAAAUACUUUGACAUGAUUGAAAACUGGGGUGGGUGGGAUCUCUUCCAGGAACUUCUAGCUGCUCUUAAAAAAAUUUCAGCUAAGAGAGACGACCUUAGUAUUUCAAUUGUUGCGGCACGUUGGGUCUUAAAGCAUUCUUUUGUCGGAUCGAUCAUAAUCGGAACAAGAUUGGGCGUCAAAGAUCACUCACUGGAAAACAUUAUUAUUGAUGACUAUACUUGGGAUAUAAGCACAGAGGAAAUGGGUUGCAUUGACUCUAUUCUGGAGAAAAGUCGAGCCUCUCACCUGAUUGAACUCCUUGGAGACUGUGGAGAUGAAUACCGUUGA